UUAGAUAUAUUUACAAACAUAUUUAACAAAAUAAAUAACUGCAUAAAAGCAUAUAAAAAUAUCAGCAGUAUUCAACGUGAACAAUUUUACGACAUUGGAUUUCAUCAUCUAAGGUUUCUUUUCGAUGCUUAGAGUCCGCAAACCUCAGGAAUGGCAAAUAACAAUGAUGUUGCGCAUUUAUACAAAUUGUUUGAAAAUAGUUUUAGUAACAUGAUAUCGAAUGAUGAAACAACGUCAUCUAAUGAGAAAGAUAUAAAUACUCCAAGCCACUUUGAAGACCAAAUUACUGACAAGACUAUCAAUAUGUGCUCGACUCUUGAUAAUCCAGUAGACACACAGAACUCUCAAGUAAUGCCCAAUAUUAACUCUAAAAAAAUUCCUGAAAUUAAAACUAAUUUGAAAGGAAUAGAAACAAAAUUCGAACAGCAAGUGAAUACGACUGACAAACUUGAUGUUAAAAAAGUUAGCUCUCAUUUAGACGUUCCUCUCAGCGUUGGAGAACAAAAUUUUUAUGGCAUGGAAUGCCAAAGUACAAAGUUGUAUAAUAUACAAAACGUAGGUCUGCAGGGAUUACAAGAGCAGGCCGAUCAUAAUACAAUUGCCAAUUUAGUAGAUACUAGUUUCAAUAAUUUUAACCUUAACUUAAAAGAAUCUUACAAGUCUUCAAACCAAACUGGGUCCAUGCUUUAUGACAAAUUUCAAAAGUCUACAUAUAAUAUACCUACCAUGGAGCAAGAGUCAUUUAAAAAUAUACCAAAGUCAUCUACUAUUCCUAAUGAAGUAUUAUACAAUUCCAAUAUUCACACUGAGUCAAAUUUGCAUUCAGAAAAAUACUUUCCAAGUGCACGGUAUACACUUCCUGCUUAUAAUAUCAGAAGUAACUUAGUAAAUGAUGUCCAUCAAAACCUACAAUUAAUUUCCAACAGAUCUCUAAAUAAAGAUUUUGAAAAAAGAAAUGUUUUACCACAUUAUGAGUCAAUUAAAAAUCCAAGUUCUGUUCAUAUUUCUGAAAGAGAACAAAUGCCAUGUGUACUAUACAAUAAGCAAACUUCAGGUAAGAUUAAUACACGUGAGAAAAACACACCAAAUAUUGCUGCUAUUCCCCAAUCACCACAUUCCACAUUUCAACACCACAUUCCAGGCAUCAAUAAGUCUAGGUAUCCAAUAUUGAGUGACCUCUGCAGUAACUACAGCCCUACUGCCCCUACUGCAAAUGAACAUUUUUCACCCAUAUUGUUGACUAAUGAAAAAUCUCAGUCAAGGAAUCAGCUAUUAAAUAGUCUCUGUAAUAACCAAAAUUCACUUGAAGUUACUUCAAAUAAACUAAUAAGUCCAACAUUAUUGACAAAUCAACAAUGCUAUACAAAAUCUUUCAUUCCCUGUACUGAUAAUUCCAAGAGUGCCAUAUUAAGUGAUCUUUGCAAUAAUCAAAGCUCAGCGCAUAGACAAAUUUCUCCAAUUUUGCUGCCUAAUCAACAAUCUCAUUUACAACCCUGCGUUCCAGCUUCAGAUAAACCAAAAAAUCUAUUGUUUAGUAAUUCUCCUAAUAGUCAAAAUUUUUCAAAUACUAAUGAAAGUCAACCAAUUCAAUCGGAAUCAUUAAAUAGUGUUAAAGGGCUUUCAAAAUUUUCUGAAAAAAUUGAUAGUUCAAGUUUAAGUAAUCCUAUUCCCAAGCAAAAUGCAGGUAUAAACACUGAACAAAAUCAAUUCUUUUCCCAUGCAAUGAGUCCCUAUAAAACAAAUAUACCAAUUUAUACUCAAAGCUCUGAUAGGGUAAGGAAUUUAUUGCUUAAUAAUAGUACCAAUAAACAACAGAAUGCAGCUACUACUGAACAUACAGUAGUCGCGGCCUGCCUACCACAAAGUUUUAAUAAAGACAGAAACCUACAUUUUUGUAAAGCUAUUAAUUCAGUUAUUUCUGCUAAACAAAAAUUAUUCCCUGCGCAAACAAUGAUUAAAAAUGAUAGUAAGUUAUCAACAGUUGAUUAUAACUUCAUGAAUAUUGAUCACGUCAAUAAUUCGGUUUCAAAACACAAGGAUGACUAUUCGCAUUUAAUAGAAACAAAGAUGCAAGCUCCAACUGCAGCCAUCAUGAAUGUCGAACAAUCUGGAACUUCCACUGAUAACGCCAUACAUGUUGAUGCCGUUAAUUCAAUACCGAUGAACCCAUAUCAGUUUUUGGCAGAUAAUCUACCACGAGCGCUAAAUAUAGAAACUGUUCCGGAAGAGCUUAGAAAACGUCAAGCAAGUAUGGGUUCAUUUAGUUUAGGUGAGUCUACACUGGCAUGUAAUAUUCAAUGUGGUACAAAGUGUGAAAAUAUUGGACAACAACAAUCAGCAGAAGAACUUUCAUAUGCAGAACAAGAAAUAUCUGUAGGUAUAACAAAUCCUAAAAGUAAUAAAAAUAUAAUAAAGCCAAGCAAAUUAUCGAUCAAAAAGCCUAAAGCUACUAUAAGUAAAAGUUUUUUCAAUUCGCCUAGUUUUGAGAAUGUGAAAGAUAAAUUACAACUAAUGCAGCAAGCAAACCUUAUAACAGGAGGUAAUAAUACACAUGGAAUUCAGCGAAACAAAUUCUGCACUGGCGAUUACGCUAAAUAUAAGAGCAAUAUAUCAGCAGUUUUCACUUCAGAAAUCACUAAAAAUAGUCCGAAAUUAUUAACUCAGUUACUUUCUACAACCUCAAAAACGACAGAACAUUUGAAUCUUGAAACAAAAUCCCAUUCUGAAAAUAAACAAGAAAAACUUGUAAAUCAACAAAAUGACAAGGAACUAAUUAUUAAUAAUACUAAUUCAAUUUUAAGUCAGAAAGAAAUUGAUCAACACAUAAAUAGCUCCACAAAAAAUGGUGAAGAGCAAACUGAUUUAAAACAAACACUUUCCUGCAAUUCUUCAUCUUCACAACUAGAAACUAAGAGUGAUGCUCCUACAACGCCUCCAAACAUUGAAGAAGAGCCGAAGUCUACAUCAACAAUAACUUCUCAAGGUCUCCCAAGUUAUGAAAAUACUUUCGGAUCAAAUAAAUAUGGAACUUCAACUGUUGAAUCUACUAAAGCAAAUUUGGAAUAUGAAACUCCAACUGUUAAAUCUACUAAUGCUAAUUUGGACCGGCCCUAUUUUAAUGUUUAUAAAAGACCACGUCAACAAUCUUCAGUUCUCUCUACUAUAGCUGACACUUCAACGAUAACUCAUAUAACAAAUGAUCAGAAUUUAACAAAUGAAGCACAAAUCGAAAAAAAAGUUGCAAGUAAUUCAACAAACUUCAUUCUUGUUAAUGAAGAGAAACAAAAUUUAUCAUCAUCGUUAGCUUUAGUUCAAACUGAGAAAGACGUACAACAUCAACCUAACAUUAAUAACGAAACUGCCACAACAAAUUCUUUACAAACUACUCAAAUGUCUGAUAACUUAAGUGCACAGAAUGAAAAAACUGAAAAAGGCAUUGCUAUGCUGGAAGAAGACAGUAAAUCAGAUUUAAAUGUACACUGUGAAGCUCACUGGAAAGAUGUGACACAAAAAUCGGAACUAACAGAUGCUGAAAUAGAAACUGUUUUAGAGGGUGAAAGAGUGGAACAGUUUCUAAAUCAUGCCAUCGUAGUGUUUCGUAAGUAUUGUGAAACCCACUCAGACGGUGAAAUAGAUAUUGAAGCUAUUGAAGAGAUCGCCAGUAAUACUGUUCCCAGACAGAAUACUAUGUCACCCGUAAUACCAUUAAUAAAACCAAAUGAUUUUGAUUGCAAUGCUCUUCUGCUAUCGUUGAAUAACUCCGAAGUUCUACCUAAAAACAAUUUAAAUCAGCUAUCAAGUAUUUCCACAAAUAUGAAUAUGAACAAUGUAACUGAUAUAUCAAAAACUUCACAACCUGAAUUGGAUGAUAUUUACGGUGAAGGAGUUCGUGUUAUUGAAAAUUUAUUGGCAGAAUCAGGCGUCAAAAAUGGUACGGACAAACCACAAAAAAGAGGAAGAAAACGUACUUAUGAAUCGGUUCCACUGUUGGAUGAUUAUGAUGAGGACUGUGAGGAAGGAGAUGUGGAAGAUGAAGCGUUAACUGCUAUGCGUCAAAUUAAACGUCGUCAGGCAAACAAUGCUCGUGAGCGUAUACGUAUACAUGAUUUAAACGGUGCGCUUAAGGAACUUGGAAUUAUGUGUAUGCAGAUAUUGCGUUUAAAUAGACCUUUAACUAAAUUAGGUAUAUUAAGAAUGGCUGUUGAUGUGAUUACAUCAUUAGAAGAACAAGUUGAGAAACGAAAAGCAGCAUUGAGAAAUAAUAAUUAUUAAUAUUUUCAUACAAUCGAAAUAAGAGAAAGACAGUCAUAUUAGAAAAAAUAGUAAGUAAUAGAGUAGUAAGUAAAUU